AUGUUUUCUGAAGAAAAAGUGAAAGUACCUUUGAUAAGAUUUAUUUAUUAUCAAGCUUUUCCAGAGUGGCUAGAGGAAGUUUUGCAUGGAAUUAAUUUUUCUGAAUAUGGUGGUCGUAUUCUUCCUGACGAAGGAUCUAUAUCUCAUAACGUCAGAAUCCUAGGAGAUGCAAUAUACGAAGCUUUCAAUCAAGAAGCACAGCAUGAAGAAUAA